CAAGAAUUUGUUAUUUUUUUAUAUUUCGUUUAUGCAUCGUAUGCAUUUGAUCUUGAAAUAUGCAUACAUAUGAAUAAUUAUGUUUGCUUACGUCAAUAAAAUAGUUACACAGUCCUUAUAUGAGCUAUUCUCGUUUUUUUUACAAAUUCUUAUUUAUUAUUAUCCGUUUAAAUUUGACAUUAUGUGUCAUUCAAUUUCUCCGAAAAUUAAUAUGUUUCACUAUUUUCUCACUACUUUUUUUGAAAAUUUCACUUUUUCUCACUUAAACUCAUGCUUUGGGCCACCCCCCGGGUAGUGCUCAAUUUCCAUUUCCAUUCACUGUUUUUAGAAGCAACUUUUUAAACCUAUGUAUUUUGAGUAGCUAAAUUUGAAUACGGCUGUCAAGAAUCCUUUCGCAUCAUGUGACCGAAUUUGUGCUAUAAAAUGGAAACUGUGUGUCCAAUUAGCCUAAGAGUUUUUUUUGUCCACAUCUCAGAGAUAAUAAAAUUUUUUUAUAAUACUGCCAUUGGCAUAUGCCGUAAUUACCAUUUUCAUCUUUUGUUUUUACUGAUUCCUUGUAUUUUGGUGCGAUGAAUUUGAAUAUGAUCGUCAACGUCACUCAUGGGAGUAGUAGAUACUAGGUGGGGCGCCUGAGUGGUAGACUUUGUUCUUCGGCUUCUUAGAAGCGGACACUGUCGUUCAAAGAUGGUAGGACACUGUGCUUCUCUGCUACCGCACGCAGAUAUCGGUAGUACCGCGAUAGCCGAAUCUACUCGUAUGAGGCAGUAUCGAAUGUAUUUUUCACACAUCACAAUAUAGUUUCUCAAUAGGCCCAUAUUCGCUUGCCUGCUUUUCGUCAUAUGUCUUCGAAUACCUACAGCUAUACCAUACUAAUAAUUGCUAAAAAGAAUGAAACAACGUUCUGUAUGGUCGCCAAGAAGGCAAAAGCAAACAGAUCCUAUUCAGCCUGUUUUAUAGGAUAGUAGUAUAUUAUAAGCACGACAAAUUACAAACCCAAAUACAUAGUAAAACAAAUAGCUGGUUAUAGUGGUAAUAUAUAAUAACAGAUAUACAGACAAAAUUGAAAAUACGUGUAUCCUUUUGACUUACAAAUACUCAAGCUUUCGUCAGACUAUGCUGCCAUCAUCAGGAGCUAAAGACAAAUAAAAAAUAGUAAAUAGCAACCAUGCUCAAUUGAUUAGAAAUCUUUUUUCUUACUCCGUCAGUGACAUUGAUGCUAGUAUUUGAUGUUAUAAAAUGUAAAUACACUCACACACUCAAUAAACAAACAUCAACAAAUGUAUCUAGCACAAGAGAUAAAUAAUAAAUUAAACUCAUAUUGAAUCAAUAAACAAAAAUUAAAAAAGACGUAAUAGACGAAAAAAUUAGAUGGCAUUUGCGUGUUAUUCCAUAAAUUCUGCACAGGUGUAGUAAGCUUUAGAUUCUAAAUACCCUACACUCUGUUUUUUAACACUGGAUUGCUUGAAUUGACAUAAUAUUGGAUGGUAGCUUAUUCAUUUUCAUGCAGUUGUAUAACGGGAAACCUUUACAUUAAGUAAAGUAAGUAACUGAAACAUUUUAUAUCCACGUAUUUCCGGAAGAAUGGGACCAUCAAAAACCGUCAAAGAUUGUCGGAUCGAAUUUGAGGUAACAAUGGGCUUUCCUUGAUCUCUUGCAUCCAUUUAAAUGUUAGGAAUCUUGAACAUCUGAAUAUUUCAAUGUUUCUGAAUCACUGAUACAGUUUGUUUGAGGAUUUUAGUUAUUCACUAACAAAUUUCAUGCAACUCUACAGGCUAGUGAAUUUGCAUUGAUGACCAAACAGUGCUCAGGAAUUUUGGAGUCAAAAAGGGAUAGUGGCAGGCAAAACAUAAUAGAUCUGUUGUCUAAUAGAGAGAAAGGGAUAUACUUCAAUAACAACCUCUCUCAUGCUAAAAAAUGUAACAUCAACAAUCGUUAUAUUCCAAACGAAAUGUCAAUUGUCGAUGGCUGCCGAAGUAAAUAUUUCUGUGGUAUAUUUUCCAAGGAUGGAAAUAGACUUAUAACUGCAUCACAAGACCAAACUAUACGGGUAUAUGACUCCAGUACAGUACCAUAUGUUUCAUUACAUAAAAUAACAGCUCGAGAUGUAGGAUGGAGCAUUAUAGAUAUAUCUUUUAGUCCUAACAAUGAACAGUUUGUAUAUACAACUUGGUCGUCAGCCUUGCAUCUGUGUUCAGUGAAUGAUAAAAAUGCGAUUCAGGAACCAUUGAGCCUUAUAAAAAAUGACCGUCGUUUUUGCGUUUUUGCCGCAACAUUUUCUUCAGAUGGAAAGGAAAUAUUAGGGGGUGCAAGUGAUGGUUGUUUGUACAUAUAUGAUCUAAAUGAAAGGAGAAGAACUUUAAAAAUAGCAGCUCAUGCAUACGAUGUAAAUAGUGUUUGUUUUGCGGAUGAUUCGUCUCAUAUAAUUUACAGUGGUGGAGACGAUGGGCUAGUCAAAGUAUGGGAUAGAAGAAGUCUAGUAGAAAGUUCACCUAAACCAGUAGGUGUACUUGCAGGUCACACAGAUGGAGUUACGUUUAUAGACAGUAGAGGAGAUGGACGACACUUGAUAUCAAAUAGCAAAGAUCAAAGUAUAAAAUUAUGGGAUGUUAGGAUAUUUUCUGGUGCUCAGGCUGCAGAAAGUACGCUUAAGGCUGUGCACCAACAUAAUUGGGAUUAUAGGUGGCAAGAAGUACCUACCAAAGUGUCUAACUGCCGAAAGAAGUUAGAAGGUGACACCUCUGUCAUGACUUACAGAGGUCACGUUGUGAGGAAAACCUUGAUUAGAUGUAGGUUUUCACCUGUACAAACUACAGGACAACGCUAUAUAUACACAGGCUGUGGUAUGGGUAGAAUUUUCGAGUACAGAUCAGGCAACAAUAAGUAAGUUUUCCUAGUAAGAAGCCUUAAAAUAACCGAGAUGUUCCGAAAAACUACUAAUAGGCCAAGCCUGCAUCCUACGUCACAAGUGUAUGACGCGCUAACUGGCAGGGUCAAAGCAGGAGUUAGUAAGCACUUGGAAUGUGUGAGAGACGUACAUUGGCAUCCAAUACGAAACGAGAUACUUAGCUCCUCGUGGGAUGGUACAGUUGGAAGAUGGAUUUACAUAGACAAAAAUGAGUUACCGCCUGAAACUGAUUUAGAUAGUGGAACAACUUUAAGACGUAGCUUGAGAUUAGCUCGUAAGAAGUAAAAAAGCACCACUAAAAACUUAUUUCAUGAUAUUUUUUGUAAAAUGUUACUGUUUUUAAUCUAAUAGAGUUUCUAAAAGAUGAUAAAUAAUCUUAAGAUGCUUAGUCCACCACCAAAAUUCCGCAUAAGUACCGCAACUUCAUAUUUCGAAUUAGAGAAUCAUUACGUGAGAAGUAGAUAAAAAAUUCAACCUCACAACAAAUAAAACAGUCUAUAUUGUUGAAGAUCAUAUCAUUUUAAUGACGAUAUUUAAUACACAUAAAUGGGCUUGACUAGAUGUUUAUCUAAGAACUCUGCUUUGAUAGAAAAGCUUCUAGGAUUCUUUUCUACUUUGAAGUGUUCACCGAAAUUCAUGUAUUGUAUAUAGUUUGGUCGGACUUCAGGCCAAGUUGCAUUUUCUAGAAGAGGAUCUAGUUGAGGCAUCGGACUUCUGAAAAGAAGAAAAUACAUUUAGAACUUACAAAAAUUGUCACUGAAUAAAUCUUGUCGUGAAAUGCACUUCGAUUCUAUAACUUACUUAUGUUUUAUAAAGUUAGAUAUUAUUCUCACGAAUCUCUUAGCAAUUAUUCGUUCAUUCUCAGGAAUUUUCACUCGAUAGUCCGUCCAAUAAAAUGGUAAAUCUUCACCAUGACAUGUGCCUUCAAUGCCUAAAAGAUAUUAUCAAAUUGUAAAAUGAGGAAAUGAAUAGAAACUUUGAAAAUAUUAUAGAGGGUCAUUAUGCUUUUUACGUCUUAUUUCUCCACAGCUUAAGUUUUCAGGACAAUACAUAAAGUAACGUCAAAGCCACUUCGGGCACAAUAAAUUCUGCAACGUGGAAAAGAAGUUAAUUGAGUAUUGAUUGAUUUAAGUAAAAAUCUUUUUCGACGACCUAACUACCCAAAAACAGACCAAAUAACAUUAAUUGCAGAUUGUUACAAUGUACGGUCUCCUUCCUAUUUUUCAAAAGUACAAAAACCUUUUAUUACCAGUAAUUGAUAGAUCGUUAUAGUGAUAUAUUACAAUAAUAUAUCACUACGAAAGAUGCCCAUGGUUGGCCGUCCAUGGUGGGACGGUCGAAAGCUAUAUCACUAGAUCAUUAUAUAGUUUAAACAUUAAACAAUUUUUUUACAAGGCAAUUUCGUUCGACA